CUCGCCUCAGUUUAAGAUUCGCUGUCUGCAUCUGUUGGUAAACAUUGUUACUGUGGAGAGGACAUGAUGGGUCUCUUUCUAUUCCUGUUUCUUGGUGUAAUCCUUGAAUUGACUGACAGUAAGAUGAUAGUUCAUCAUUUUGGACCACCACCUGAUGGUUAUACUCCUGGUCAACACUGGGUCACACAAGUCAUGAAACAGGUACCAAAACGGAAUCGAUGCCAGUCCACUAAAAAAGAUACAUUUAGCGACUGUCAAGCUUUGCUGGAUGCUGGGUUCAAAGAAGAUGGUAUCUACACUAUCCAUCCCUACCAGAAUGAUGAAGGAGUUAAAGUGUUUUGUGAUAUGACGAAGCAUACCAGCUGGAUUGUUGCCCAGCGGCGCUAUAAUGGAUCAGUCAAUUUCAACCGCAGUUGGAUAGAAUACAAGAAAGGCUUUGGGUCAAUGGAUGGUGAGUUCUGGCUUGGCAAUGAGAUUCUACAUAAACUGACCAAUGCUGAAGGGAACUGGACAAUCCGUCUGGACAUCACCAAUGAACAAAAUAAAACGGGUCAUUUGCUGAAGACACAGUUUCACGUCGGACCUGGCGAUUACACCAUCUUUCUGGAGCACUCCGAGAUACAACCUAGUGGUAUGUAA